AAAUAGUCGGGCGCUGUAUUUUUUUAGACAUUGUAAUGAGGAGCAUACUUUACGCCGGUUAUCUAUAGCUGAUGUAGCUACAUCAGACGUGCUUUAGUACAUAGUAUGGUUUCGAUAUACACCGACACAGAAUACACACGCGAUAUUAAUAAUAUCAAAUACGAAUGAACACCGGGUGAAUGAGCGGACACACGCGAGUAUGUUGGUAGCGAGUGGCCGAAUAUUGUUUGAAAAAUGUGAGUGACACUGAUCGAAAAUAGUAAGAGGUGUACACGGACAACCGAAUAGUUCCAUUGAAAUUUUGUUGGGCAAGAAAAAUAGUUGUGUAUCGAGUGUUGUGUGUGUUGGACGAGAAAAAUAAUGAGCCGUGCAACGGAAAAUGGUCUCAAACCGAUGGACAAUUGUGUUGUGUGUAAAAAACUAAGUUCAUUGAAAUGUUCGAAUUGUGUCAAAGUAUUUUAUUGCUCAGUUGAACAUCAGCGAGGAGACUGGAAGCGACACAAACGAGAGUGUCGACCAUUUGAGGUUGCAAGCAAUGAAAAGUAUGGCAGAUAUUUGAUAGCCAGUCGUGACAUAAAGGCUGGUGAAAUUCUGUUGAAGGAAUCACCGCUUGUUCGUGGCCCAUCACAAAUUACUUGUCCGGUGUGUAUUCGUUGUUUACAAGGGAUCGAAGAAACCGACAUCAACAAUGACCAAGUGUGUUCACAAUGUGGAUGGCCGAUAUGUUUUGAGUGUACAAACGACAAGCGUGUUCUACGAAUACAACAUGAUGAAUGUGCAAUAACUGUAGCACGCGGCGCUAAAUUUUCACUUCAGAAUUAUUUUAAUCCACAUCCCACAUAUCAAUGUUUGACUGUACUGCGUUGUCUAUUGCUCAAAGAACAUUCGCCGGACAAGUGGAACAAAUUGAUUCAGUUAGAAUCGCACUGUGAUCAACGACGCGGAAGCCCACAGUGGUGCAAUGACAGAGAAGGUGUUGCAAGGUUUAUUCCUCGAUUUUUCAAAUGUCCCGGCCGAUGGGAUGAAAAUGAAAUUCUCAAAGUUGCUGGUAUCGUUCAAAUUAACGGCCACGAAGUACCCCUUACUGAUCCACCACAUGUUGCGAUUUUCGACCAAGCAUCGUUGGUUGAACAUUCGUGUUCGCCGAAUCUCACCAAAUCAUUUACAUCGAAAGCUGAUUUGGUAUUCUGGGCUCCAAAUCCCAUCAAGAAAGGUGAACAUUUGAGCAUUUGCUAUUCGGAUGCAUUAUUUGGGACGGCCAAUCGACAGAACCACUUAUUACAAACGAAAAUGUUUCGAUGCGAUUGUUUGAGAUGCAGCGAUGUUACUGAGUUCGGAACCUAUUUCAGUGCCAUAAAAUGUAGACAAAAUUCGGCAGACAAUUGCACGGGACUUCUUUUGCCCGAAAACUCGAACCAGUGGGAUGGAGUGUGGAAGUGUAAUACGUGCGACAGAACAGUCGAGCCAUUGUACGUUAGAUCAAUUCUUGAUCGAGCUGCCAGAGACUUAGAAUCCUUGGAAAAAGACAGUGAAAAGCAGUUAACAAAAUUCAUCGAACACUAUUCCAAAUUGUUAUCGCCAAACCAUUAUUACAUCUGCGAUGCAGAACUUACAUUGAGUCAGGCAAUUGGUGCUGGUGAGGCAAGAAAUUUACAGCAGAUUUCCGACGAGCAGCUGCAAAGGAAAAUUGAUUUGUGUGAAAAACUAUUGAAAGUUUUCAAUGUCUUAACAGCAGCUGAAUCACGUUGUUUGGGUGCGUUACAUUUUGAAUUGCAUGCUGCGUUAGCAGAGCUGGGGCGUCGUGGUAUGCAAAAUAAAGACAAUUGUUGCAGAAAGAUCAUUGAAGAUUCGUUGAAAAAUGCAGUAGAAACUGUGCGUUUAUUGGGGCACGAGCCCGCCGAAUUGAGUGAAGGUUUAAUUGCAAAUCAAACCAAAGCGAAUAUCGAGGGUCUCAAAUUGAUUCUGGCAUCAACUGCGCCAUCAGAUAUUUGAGCCAGAAAUAAGAGAUUUUGGUUCUCUUUUCUUACUUUAAUCACAUUUUUCUAGAAUUUUGCUAGUGGUUUUAUUUAUUUAGUACUAGCGUUACCCUGCGUGCUUUGCUACGCUCUUAGUAUGCAGUGAGUGAGGAUCAAAUUUAUUUCUGUUAUCGAUUGUUUGUGAAAAUAUAUAUGAGGCUGUGAGAAUGAAAAUGUCAUUACAGGAAUAAACAUUCUGAAACGCACCAAAAAAAAAUCGUCAAAAUGAAUCAUGAGUUCUGAAUAUGCAAAAGUGAAACAUGAAUUAACAUGGGCAGCAUAGGAGGUUCAUGGUUCACUUUUGCGUAUUCAGAACUCAUGAUUCACUUUUGCGAUUUUUCUUUUCUUGAUGCGCUUCAGAAUGUUUAUUCCUGUAUUGACAUUUUCAUUCUCACAGCCUCAUAUAUGUCUUGUCAUUUAAAUAUGGAGAUAUAUAUAUAUAUAUAUAUAUGAGAGCCUGAGAGUGAAAGUGACCAACAAAAAGUUGAGCGUAAAAGUUACUCAACUCCAUACAAAACACAUGCUACCGUCACGCUGUUUUGUAUGGAGUAAGGUCACUUUUACGCUAAACUAUUUGUUGGUCACUUUCACUCUCAGGCCCUCAUAUAUAUAUAUAAAAUUACACGGUUUUAUAUAUGUUCAGGAUGGUCAGUUUUAAUAUGAUAUCAUAUAUGUAAAGAUUCAAUUUCAUUCAUCUUUCAAUUAAUGUUUAUUCUUUUUUUGAUAACAAAAGAAAAUAAAUUCAAUCUAUUGAUAUAUGAUAUCAUAUUAAAACUGACCUACCUAAACAUAUAUAAAAAUGUAAAACCUAUGAUGAUAAAGGAAUUUUUUUACUACAUUGUUCAUCUCCGUUCCAAGGCCUUUCAUAUGAUACCCAUAUUGAUUAUUCAUAUGUGAAAAUGGUGUUAGGUCGUGUUAACAUGACUGUUUCUAUCUGUGUUUG